AUGCGGGACUUGCCUAUGUACAGAUAUUCGCCCAGUGUAUGGGAGAGCAUAGAAAAGGAACUUGAACGAUACGAAAAGCUAGAUGUGAUCGAAGAGUGCACUAUUCGGCCGCUGUUUGAAGAAGUAUCCCCCGGCGACGCUAACGACUCGAAGCGUCCAGUUCGUUUUGGUCAGGAGACGAAUUCGACCAUCUCGGUGAACUCAUCGCACGCCAUCCGUGUGCCCCCGGCUGAAGAUCACCAACUGACAGCCAACAUAAAUCCUGCGCAGUUCAAUCGUGAGCGAGUGCAGUUUAUAAUCGAUCGUUAUCUCAAUUCAUUCUUGGAGGAUCAUAAGUACAACCCACGACGUGCCAAGCGAUUGGCGGAGAAUCUCAGCGCCGAACUCCGAGAUAUGGUCAAACGGUGCAGCUUUGAGCGGUAUCGAGUGGUUGCCAUGGUGACCGUGGGAGAUAAGAAUUCCCAGGACUUCAAAUCGUUCAUGCGUUUCGUGUGGGAUGCCGAAAAGGAUGGAUACGUGAACUUUGUGUACGAAGCACCGACGUAUUUUGUAAUCGCGACCGUACUUGCAGUGUAUUACGAGUAG